AUGUCCUCCACUGAGUGCACUCGGCUCUAUAUUUCCAAUCUAAAUUUCUCUUCAGACGAGACGGAGCUGUUUGAUUAUUUCAAAGAUUAUGGGGUGGUUUCUGUGUUGAUUCCCAGCCAAACAGUUCGCGGUUUCAGAAACAAUCACAUACGUCCCUUGGGAAUUGCCUAUGCUGAGUUUGAGUCUUCUGAAAAAUUGAAAGAAGCAGUCGACAAUUUGAACGGCAAGGCUUUCAAGGGAAGGGAACUGAGAUUGAAGCCUUAUGUGCCCUACUCCCCCACAAACGUCAACAAAAGAUUGAAGCGGAGAAACCAUUUGUUAAGAUUCAGGCUCAAUAUACCUGCAAAAGAGAAAGAACUGGCCCCAUCAACUGACCCGGUGUCUAUAGUGUCCGUAUCUCAUCAACAGAAUGAGCCUGAACUUUUGUCAGAUGAAGAGAAAGCUAUGGCAGACGUCAUUCAGGAGUCAGAAUUCAGUGAAGAUACUGUAUAUUGUGGUUAUUUGCCCAAGGGUGUCACUGACACAGACCUUCGUGAGUAUUUCAAGGAUUUCAAUCCACAGGAGAUCUGGAUCUUCAGAACUAAGCUUACUAGAAGUAAGCAUUUCCAGAUCCAUCGCCAUCUCACCGCUGCUUUAGUGUCUUUCGAGACAGAUGCGGAUAGCCGCCAGAUUUCAGAAUCGUUGCAGAAGAAGAAGCUACUAGGUAAAAGGAUAGUCAUCAAACCUGCCUAUCAAGCCAAGAUUGAAGAAUUAAAACAGCUCUCGAAGGAUAAAGUCAUUGCUGAAAAGGAAAUUGUUGAACAAUCUCCGGAGCAGCCAGAAUCUGAUAAAAACAUGGAUGAAUAG